AUGGCACCACGAAUCUGUUUCUUUCGAGUGAAUUCACCAUUCCAUGUGACGGUGAGUCACUUCGAAUUCGCUUACGGCGGUGUAGCCUACCGUUUUCGUCAUUGUCAGCAGAAUCCACGAUUCUGUUGUCUGCCGCGACGAAACCCUCCAAUUAAAUCCAUCGGUGGAAAGCCCUAUUGCCAAGUGUUCAUUCCAGAAGUUCAGUUAGAGAAACAUGUUCGAAACAAUUGGAAAAGAUUGGGUGAGCUCGAUGUCUACAUAGAAUUUGCGGGUCUCGACGCUCUGACGGCUGCAGGUGGAUUAGAAGCAGGUCUUCGUGCUCAACACUACCACGAUAUUACU